GUCCUGCUGGGCAGGGUCUGGACUGGGAAGAGCUCAGCAGGAAACACCAUCCUGGGCAGAGAGGAGUUUGACACCCGGAGACUGACGGAGGAGUGUGAGAAGAGGCAGGGCGAAGUGGCAGGCAGGCUGCUGACCGUGAUCGACACGCCGGGCUGGUAUUCCCUGCAGGACACGGCGGACUGGCUCAAGAAGGAAAUUGUGCGCAGCGUGUCCCUGUGCCCUCCUGGGCCUCACUCUUUCCUCCUGACCAUUCCCCUGGCCCCAUUCACGGAGCAGGACCGGAGAGCCGUGGAGGAGCACCUGGGGCUUCUGGGAGACCGGGUCUGGAGACACACGCUAGUGCUGUUCACCUGGGGGGACGGCAAGGGGGGCACAGGCCUUGAGCAGGCAAUAAAGAGAGGAGGGGAAGACCUCCAGCGGCUGGUGGAGAAAUGUGGGAACAGGGUUCAUGUUCUCCACAAUAACAACACAGGCGACCGCGGUCAGGUCACAGAGCUCCUGGAGAAAAUCGAGGCCUUGGUGGCCGGGAGCCCUGACGCGUUUUUCCUGGGGAGCGACGGAAGGAUCACACAGGAGGAACAGGAGAAGAAGCAGAGGGAUCAGGAAGGAGGGAGAGAAGAAGCAUCAGAGGGCAAUGAAAAAAUAGCUGAAAGAGCACUGAAGGAAGAGACCCAGGAGAAAAAGCCCAAGCUGCCAGUGAGGAAGAAAAACAGCAUUGAGCACCCGCUAAACUUGUCCAGAAGCCAAGGAAGAGAUCCAGUGGGAGAAAGGGAAGCUCCAGCAGAGACAGAAGAACUGAAGGAUGGGAUGGGAAAUAUUAUGAAGGAUCCAGAGCUGGAGAAAGAGAAAGAGGAAACCUGACUUCCUCUCAACAGGAUGGACAGAAGUCACUGAUCUUCCUACCUUUUCAUCUGGAAAUAUGAGAACGUGCUUUUACACACGAGAGAGGCCAUUUGGCCCAUCAGACCUGUUUAUUAGUUAGUAGUUAAUUGUUCCCAGGAUUAUAUCCCACUGUUUCUUGAAAGAAGCCAGAGAAUGGACUUUGAGAGCAGGGAUUGGCA